AUCAACUUUGUGCUUGUUCUUGUUCUUCUUUAGCAACAAUUUUUGCAUCAUUAAAUCUUGGUUGCCAUGACUAAUCUCAAAAAGGAAAAGACCGACCAUAAGGUGACCUUUGUCGAUAACGAAAUCCCUAUCAUUUCACUUGUUGGAAUCGACGAUGAAGUCAAUGGCAGAAGAGGUGAUAUUAAGAAGAAGAUCGCUGAGGCUUGCGAGGUAUGGGGGAUUUUCCAAGUUGUAGACCAUGGGGUUGACGCUAAACUUGUGUCUGAUAUGAUUCAUCUUGCCAAAGAUUUUUUUGACAUGUCAUCACAAGAGAAGCUCCGCUUCGACAUGUCGAGUGGUAAGAGAGGUGGUUUUCUAGCCACCACCCACCUAAAGGAAGAAGCAAAACGAUAUUCGCGAGAAAUUGUAACAUUCUUUACGUACCCAAUUGAAAAUCGAGACUACUCGUUGUGGCCAGAUAAGCCCGAAGGGUGGGCGGCCACGACCGCAGAGUACGGCGAGAAAAUGAUGGAUUUGGCCUGUAAGUUGCUAGAGGUGCUAUCAGAGGCCAUGAGAAUGGAGAAGGAAGCGAUAAAGAAAGCCUGUUUGGAAAUGUACAAGAAGAUUUUGGUCAACUUUUACCCUAAAUGUGGAGACUCCAAUGAUGUUGUUGUGGGGCUACAGCGCCGCAGUGACCCUGGAACCAUAACCAUAUUGUUACAGGAUCAUGUGUGUGGGCUGCAGGCUACCAAAGACGGUGGCAAGUCGUGGGUCGACGUCGCACCCUUGAAAGGAGCCUUUGUCGUCAACAUUGGAGACCAUGGUCAUUAUCUUAGCAAUGGGAGGUUCAAGAAUGGUGAUCAUCAAGUAGUGGCAAGCUCAAACACCAGCAGAGUAUCCAUAGCCUCAUUUCAUAACCCAAAACCAGAAGCCAUUGUGUAUCCAUUGAAGGUCAGUGAAGACGAGAAGCCAAUGCUUGAGGAGCCCAUCACCUAUGGUGAGAUGUAUACAAGAAAGAUGAACAAAGAAAUACCUCUAAUAUUGGCCAUAUUCAAUAAAAGUGACCAAGAAACAAAAAAAUAACUCUACUUAAUAUUUUAUCAUGCCUAGGUGAUUAAAUAAUGCUCGUUCGAAUAAUUAGUUUGUUAACAUGUGCCAUGUACGUAUUUUAAAUUGUAUUCUAUUUCAUAAGAAAGUCAAUUUGAUUGUAGUCUAAAUUGCUUACUUGUG